AUGACUGAUACAGAGUCCCAUAAUUCGAAUGACUCCAUAAGGCACGAACCUUACCAACUUCAUGCUAUCACUAGCGGUAGGAGCAGCAUUGGUAGUCGAGGUACACGAGACAGUAUGAAGAGAAUCAGAUCCAAUAACUCAGAGUUAUCAAGAAUUAUAACUGCUAUUAGAGAUGACCAUCAGCAAGAUAUAGAGGAGUACCAACAAUACAAAGAUAACGUCGAUAUAGACAGGAUUUUAGAUACACAGUUGGAUAUAACCUCCAGACGAAGCGUGGGCGAAGAGGAGUAUAAGAUAGGACAACGAGAAUCUUACGAGAAAGAUGCCAGUGCGGAUGAAGAAGAAGAAGGGGGAAAUAAAGAGGAUAUCGACGAACCUCCAGAUGGAGGAUACGGCUGGGUUGCAGCGUUCUGUGCGAUGAUGGCAGCGUUUUCAACAUGGGGGGCUAAUGCAGGCUAUGGUGUGUUCUUAAAUUACUAUUUAUCUUCAAAUGAGUUUCCUGGGGGUGGUCCCUACGAUUAUGCGCUAAUUGGGGGAUUAGUUGUAUUCUUAGCACAAGUAUUGGCUCCAUUCAGUGCCUUAGCAUAUAAAAUAGUGGGCUUCUAUACCCUCUGCUUUGUUGGGAUUUUCAUACAAACUUGUGGAUAUAUUCUUGCUUCAUUUGCUACUAAACUUUGGCAAAUAUAUUUAACCCAAGGUGUAUUGGUGGGGGUAUCUUUCCUGUUGAUUUUUAUUCCCCCCACUCUCAUUUUACCUCAAUAUUUUAAGAAAUACAGAGCCUUUGCAAUGGGUAUUGCUGUUUCUGGAGCAGGCUUAGGAGGCAUUGCGUUCGCAUUAUCUUCAAACAAACUUAUUCAAGAGACAGGAGACCAGAGAUGGGCUCUCAGAAUGACAGGGAUUGUUACUUCUGUCCUGGCAUUAAUAGCAACCCUUUUGAACAAACCUAGAAAUUACAAACCCUUACCAUAUUCAACUACACUAAAGCCAAAAUUUAUAAAAGAUAAUUUUAGAUUAAUUUUCGAUAUCAAAAUAUUUAAAAGCUAUCCGUUGGUGCUAGUAUCGUUAUGGUUCCUGUUAUGCUUGUUGGGAUACACCUUGAUGCUUUUCUCGAUGGCUGCAUAUUGUAGCCUGGUAGGCUUAUCAGCGCAUUCUGCUUCUACUGUAACCGCUUUGCUUAACGCAGGCCAAGUGUUUGGUCGUCCCAGUCUUGGUAUAGUUGCUGACAGGGUGGGAAGAACUAAUCUUUCUGCAAGCGUAAGUCUACUUAUUUCCAUUCUUUUAUGGGCCUACUGGAUCAAUGCUGUAGCCUUCCCGGCGAUAGCAGUUUUUGCAAUUAUAUUAGGAUUCUUCAUUGGUAUUGGUAGUUUAAUGUGUCAGUCAUUGGCUGCUGAUAUUAUUCAAGCACCGGAGAAGAUUCCGGCUGCGUGGUCAAUUAUUAACAUUAUUGUUUCGUUUUUCUGUUUAGUCUCAGAAGUCAUUGCAUUGGCAAUCAGAGACGAAAGUAGUGAUAGACCAUUUUUAAAUACGCAAAUCUUUUCUGGAUGCUGCUUUUUUGCAGCUUUUCUUUUAUUGUUAAUCAACCGUGAAUGGCUCGUUAGAAGAACAUUCAAAAUCAGACUAGCAGCUGCCAAAUCAGGCAUCUCUCGCCUAGAGAAGAAAAAACAUAGAUAUUUGAAUGCAGAAGACUUAGAAGAAGAAGAAAGCGAUGGGAAUAUAUCAGAAUUUGAACUUUUAGAAGCAAGGGUAGCCAAGUAUGAAAAAUUAUUGCAUAGUUCUACUCUCUACUUUGUUAUUAGGAUGCUUUAUCCGAUCAGAGUAUAA